AUGUCUCAAAACGACACAGCUGCAACGCUGAAUAUCGCUCUGCAAAACCAGACGUCAUCCAGCACGGUCUAUGCAUACAUCACAGGCCAAGCUAUCGACAAUAAAAACGCCCUCUUCCUCUUGCAAUCCGAUGGCAAAACAGCUUACUACCCAACCUCCCCGUCAGGCACCAUGUCCGCCCUGGGAGCAAACUGCGCCAUUCCUCUCGGUGCACCAGGAAGCACAGUCACCGUCACAAUCCCCCACUUAGCUGGCGCUCGAUUAUGGUUUGUGCGAGACGAUACUCUGACCUUUUACUUGAACCCCGGCCCAGCUUUGGUGGAACCUUCAUCUUCCAACACGGCUGAUGCAAACUACAAUAAGUUCUGGGACUUUUGCGAGUUCACAUAUAACAGCUUACAGCUAUAUGUGAAUAUCUCCUAUGUAGACUUUGUGUCUCUUCCGAUAUCGUUGACUCUAACCAAUACGUCGAAUCAAACACAACAUGUCACGGGAAUGCCUUCAAGUGGUCUUGAUACUAUAUGCUCCGGUCUGAAUGAUCAACAGUCCAAGGACAACGCUGGCUGGAACCAGCUCAUUGUUCAGAAGAACGGCGCAAAUCUGAGAGCCAAUAGUCCCAACACCGGUAUUUCGAUCAACAAUUCUCUGUUUUCGGGAUAUUACCAGCCAUACGUGGAUCAAGUGUGGUCUCAGUACUCCAACUCGACAUUGACUGUCAACACGCAAAUAGAUUCUGGGAACGUGGCUGGAACAGUGUCAAACGGUACAUUCAACUUUGGAAAUGGAGCAGCGACAUACACCAAACCUUCUGCAGCAGAUAUCUUUAGUUGCAGCAGCGGCCCAUUUGCGGUGACUGGAGAUCAGGUCAAGGACGAUAUCACUGCUCGAUUAACAGCUGCCUUGAACCGAUCGACACUGCUAGUCAACAGCAACACUCCAGAAGGUGAAGAUGCGUCCAAGUACUAUCAAAACCCUAUUACCAACCAUUACGCUCGUAUUGUGCAUGCUGCCAAUCUCGAUCGUCGAGGGUAUACUUUUCCCUACGAUGAUGUUGCGCCUUCGAAUGGAGCAGAUCAGUCUGGGAGUAUACAUGAUCCAAAUCCGCAGUUACUUACUGUUGCGGUUGGGGGAGGAAAUGCUGCGGCAGGUAGUAAUACCCCGAGCAGGGUUGCACCACGGACUGGAAAUCAGGAUUCUGCUCGAAGAAUGAUACCGACUUUCUUUUCUCAGAUCUCAUUUACCGAACAGUGA